GCGCAAAUGGGGUGGCAACAUUUUGACGUGGGGAACUUGAAGCUACACAACACCGGCUGUCACGUAACAGUAAAAUAGUCAAGGUUAUUGACCGAGAGUUUCAGAGCACACAUGGCUUAGUCAGUCUGUGUUUGACAAGAUGCACAUCGCGGAUUUCUUGUCCGGAUCGGUUGCAGGGGCAUGUGGAGUUGCAGUGGGCUUCCCUCUGGACACUGUGAAGGUCAGAAUCCAAACGCAGAAACAGUUCACUGGACUGUAUCAAUGUGCAUUGGAGACAUUAUCAAAAGAAGGGGCGCACGGCUUCUUCAAAGGCAUGUCUCUUCCGCUCACCACAGUCUCCAUGACAUCCUCAGUAGUGUUUGGCACCUACAGGAAUUGUCUGCAAUGCAUGAAGCAGGCUAGAGGCGCCGAUUGGAGCCCAAACACCAAACUGGAAAUUUUCUUGGCUGGACUGGCUGGAGGUGUCGCUCAGACGUCAGUGAUGUCACCCGGUGACAUAGUGAAAGUACGUCUACAGUGCCAGACGGAGUCCAGGAUGCUCAGGCCAAAGUACCACGGACCAGUUCACUGUCUGCUAAGCAUUAUAAAAGAAGAGGGGAUAAAGGGCCUCUACAGAGGAGCUCUGCCACUCAUGUUAAGAGAUGGCCCAUCUUAUGCCACCUACUUUUUGACUUAUGCAACAGUCUCUGAGUGGAUGUCAGGUGGCAGCAAUAAGAAAUUACACUGGAGUGGUGUGCUUCUGGCUGGCGGAGUGGCAGGAAUGGCUGGAUGGACCGUCGGAACGCCCAUGGAUGUCAUAAAAGCCCGUCUGCAAAUGGACGGGGUGAAAGGGCCAAAGCGGUACAAGGGUUUCUUCCACUGCAUCGUGGAGACGGGGAGAACAGAGGGAGCUGCGGUCUUCUUCAGGAGCUUGGGCAUUAACUGUCUGCGUGCAUUCCCAGUGAACAUGGUGGUAUUUUUCACCUAUGAGGUCCUCACUGGUUUUCUUCGAACUGGACCAGAAAGUGUUGAAUCACCUCAUGUAGGAUUAGAAUAGAGAAGACUAUUUAUCUAAGUGCUUUAUUUUUGCAGGACUGAUUGUUUCCAUAGUGUUUACUUAAACUGUUACAUAUUAGACAAAAAAAGAGGAAUGUUGCCAAGAGACUCCAUCAGUCAUAAGCACUGCUGGAAACAGAUUGUAUGUGUCUUCAUCUGACCACUAGAUGGCCUCCUUGGCCUGAUUGUUGCAACUUAUCUGUUACGCAUCACAUAACCUCAGUCUUCUAUAACUUAAGACAUAUAUUUCAAACAGAACCUUUAGAAGAACCAACAGGGCUGUGCACGCACAAUUUUGGAGGGAAUGAGUUUCCCCCUAGACAUACAACAUGUUUUACAUCUGCUGCUUUUUGCAUAUAAUGCAUUACAAAUGACUCAAAGAUAUUGCUUAUUUAGAAUUGACGCAAAAAAUGUGUACUAAUUAAAAAGAUUAAGUGUAGAUCAGCAUAUUCUGCAGUUUUUUAAUCCUAAGGAGAAAAUCUGCUGUUUUAUCAUUGCACUAAACUCAUGUAUAAACUGAGUUUUAAAAGAACUGUUUAAUUUAAACUGGGGCAACACUUGUUGUCUGGUACAGGGGAAUGAAUUUCGUUACAGUGGUAAAUCGUAGCAAGGGGUAAUUUAAAUGCUGGGUGUAAGGAAAUACAAUGUGUUAUUUAUUUAAGAAACAAUGAAUUGUUUUCUGCAAUAAAGCUUUACUUUGUGCCUCUUUAUUAAUAAAUGAGGAAAAAGA